AUGCAACUUAGUAUCAAAUCAGAUAUCCAGUUGAGUUAUCAGAAAUUUAAGUAUUAAGAUCAAUUCAGUCAAAAGAAGAGGCACCUAUUGCUUUUAGCAUAGUUAAUUUAUCAAGCAAGCCAAUAGGAUUUGAGACUCUAUCAAAAAGACUUUUAAAUGUUAGAGUAGUUUUAAAUAAUACAAAACACAUAGCUUAAUUUUAUCCAAAAGCAAUUAUCGAUUAGGAUAAAGAAAGAAGAAAUUCGUUGGAGAAAGCAAGUUUAUCCUACUCGAGUGAUAAUUUUAUCAACUCACAACCAUAAGAUGAUAAUAAUAAUAUUUUACUUGAUUAAGAGUUUGUUACAUCCUUAAUGCCAAAUGAAAAAAAAAUAAUAAGUGGCACAAUUAAAUUCGUUGACUUAGAUCUAGCAUACAAUACUAACUAUGAGAUGUCUGUUCAUUUAGAUUUAGGUUACUAUCACAAUUAAUAAAAUUUAUACUAGACAAUUUAAACAAGAAAUUUCGCUAUUUAAUUAAGUCAGCCAUAUGAAAAUAAAGAAAACUCAGAAUAUUUACUCAUAGUUAAUUCAGAAACUAAGAGAGCAUUAAUCGAGCAAAUAAAACAGUUUGUUUAUUCUUUUGGUUCUCAUGUUGAUAUUUGGAAUAUAUCAAAUUAUCAAGGAUUUAAUUUUGAUUAUGUUGGUAAUGCUGACAAAUCUUUUAAAGAGCUUUAUAAGAAUAAGGUUAUAAUUGUUUUAUGCAAUGAUUAUAAAUUAAUAAACGGUGCUACCCAUAAUGCAGUAAAGCAAAUAGGAGAGAAAAACAUUUAUAAUUCUAUAAAAUUCCAUUAAAUCUAAUACUAUAUCCUUGGCUAAAAAAAUUUGUAUGACAGCAAAUGGCUAACUUCAUAAAAUUUAGAUGACAUUAAUUUAUAUGAAAAGAAAGUAGAAGAUUUUGACAUAGUUAAAAAAAGAUUUUCAAGAAAUUUCUUAGAUACUUUGA